UGCUUUCUCAGUGUGACCGUCGCACAUAUUAUAGGACCAGACCAUUCUACCACACUCCACGGACCCAACUUCAAGGCUCAAGGCGGCUCACCAGCGAACUCUCACUAGUCACUUCACUGCGUUGCGAUUUUUUCGUAGUCCGAAUAUCACUAAGGUGAAACACAAUGUCGGUGAUGGUAGUCACAAGUUUAGGCGAGUUAGUCAUUGACUUGUUUGCGGAUCGCUGUCCUUUAACUUGCAAGAACUUUCUCAAGCUUUGCAAGAUGAAAUACUACAAUGGCUGUUUGUUUCACAACGUGCAGAAGGAUUUUACUGCUCAAACGGGUGAUCCAACUGGAACAGGGAGUGGUGGUGACUCUAUCUAUAGGUUUUUAUAUGGUGAUCAAGCUCGCUUCUUCAAUGAUGAGAUUUACCCUGAUGUAAAACACUCAAAGAUGGGUACUGUUGCCAUGGCUAGUGCUGGGGAGAACCUGAAUGCAUCCCAGUUUUAUAUUACAUUACGGGAUGAUCUUGACUACCUUGAUGAGAAGCAUACGGUUUUUGGGGAGGUUGCAGAAGGUCAUGAGACACUUGCGAGAAUAAAUGAAGCUUAUGUGGAUGAAAAGGGGAGACCAUAUAAGAAUAUCAGAGUAAAGCACACUUAUGUACUUGAUGAUCCUUUUGAAGACCCUCCUCAGCUGAGUGAAUUAAUACCUGAUGCCUCCCCUGAAGGCAAACCAAAAGAGGAGGUAGAUGAUGAUGUGAGACUUGAAGAUGAUUGGGAACCUAUGGAUGAACAAAUAGCUCCGGAAGAGCUUGAGGAAGCUAUUCGUACGAAAGAAGCACACUCCAGAGCUGUUGUUCUUGAAAGCAUUGGUGAUAUCCCAGAUGCUGAUGUAAAGCCUCCUGAGAAUGUUUUGUUUGUAUGUAAACUUAAUCCGGUCACAGAGGACGAGGACUUGCAUACAAUAUUUUCACGCUUUGGGACUGUUACAUCAGCUGAGGUUAUUCGUGAUUUCAAGACUGGAGACAGCCUGUGUUAUGCUUUCAUUGAGUUUGAGAAUCAAGAAGCUUGCCAACGAGCUUAUUUUAAGAUGGACAAUGCUUUAAUAGACGACAGGAGGAUACAUGUUGAUUUUAGUCAAAGCGUUUCAAAGUUGUGGAAUCAAUUCAGACGAAAGGGGAACCAAGGAAGAGGCUGUUUCAAAUGUGGUGCAUUAGAUCAUAUUGCAAAAGAUUGCUCUGCGGAUUCAUCAUUUAUCCCUGGUCAGCAUCAGAAGUAUGUCCUGAAAGAUGAUAAUCAGCAGCAUGGUGGAGACAAAGAUGCAGGCUAUGACAUGGUAUUUGAUGAAGAUGGUGAAAGCCCACAGCGAAAAAAGAGGCAGCGAGAUUCUGAGCAAGGUGAUAGGAAAAAUCACAAAUCUGAUAGGAGUGGUUUUGAUGAUGGUAAACAUAGAAGUUAUGAGAACAUAGACUCGAGGGACAGGGAGAAGCAAAGACAAAAAAUUGAUGAACAUAAUGGAUAUGGUGCCAGGAGGGAUGACAAAGAGAAAGUGAAUAGUCAUGGCAGGGAUGAAAGGAAUAAGAGAGAGAGUAGGUAUAGUGGUAGGAGUGACCAGGAUCACCGAGAGAGAAGAAAUGAUGAGGAAUACAAGAAGAAGACUGACGAGAUUGAUAGACCGGACAAGAAAGACAGGUCAAGUAGGAAGAGGGAUGCAGACACUGAUGGUUUUGAUGAUGGUAAGCGUAGAAGUUCUGAGAACAUAGACUCGAGGGAGAAGCAAAGACAAAAAAUUGUCGAACAUAAUGGACAUGGUGCCAGGAGGGAUGACAAAGAAAGAGCGAAUAAUCAUGGCAGGGAUGAAAGGAAUAAGAGAGAGAGUAGGUAUAGUGGCAGGAGCGAUGAGGAUCACAGAGAGAGGAGAAAAGAAAAGACUGAUGAGAUUGAUAGACUGGACAAGAGAGAUGGGUCAGGUAGGAAGAGGGAUGCAGAAACUGAUGGCGACAGAAGUAGAUGGGAUGAGAGAAGCAGUAGAUCUAAGAUUUAUGAUGAUCGCCAUGAUCAGAACAUACGUACUGGAAAAGAUGAAGCAAGCCACAGGCGGAGAGAUUCUGAUGCUGAUAUUCCAAGAAGCCGAAGGGAAGAGCAAGCUCAUGGAAGAAGCUCAAAAGAUACUCACCGUGCGAGUGAUGAGACACGACGAGCUAAUAGGAGGUGAACUUGGUCGAUUGAUUACAUAGGUUAUAUGUACUUCUGAUCUAUUAGGAUAUUGUUUUUCUUCGUCCUUCCCCCCCUGGAUUCUAUGUGAAUACCUAUCCAAGAGAAGAAGACAUUGUUGAGUGUACCUUUUGCUGGAAUUCUCAAUUUCCAAGGAAGAGCAUAAGUUGCUGAUAAAAACUCCUUUGCUAUGAAAUUGGCCAUGCAUGUGUAAUGGUGAAUGUGAAAAUGAAGCUAUAGUACCAUUGUCUACAGAAGUAGCCACAGUUUACAUUAUAAGAGCACUAAAUAUUCAGUAUUUGUUUCUUUUUA